AUGUCCAGCACUAUAUCAAGCUCAGCUGGAGCUGUCCCGCUGUCGGCGGACGGGCUAGAGCGCGUGGGGCUGCCCUUUGAGCUGUACGAGCGGAUCGUCGCAUUCGUCCCGGACAAACACAUCGCACCACUCCUCCGCACAUCUCGCACCUUCUUUCACCUCGUCGGCCCCCGCCUCUACCGCUCGAUAGAGCUCAUCAACUUCCACCGCUUCGACGGUACGGGUCUACUGGACUAUAUCUACUCGUCCGCCCAAGACCACCGGAAAACGUGGUUACAGACAUACGGCUCCGGACCCUCGAACCCUCCCCCUCCUCCCUUCGACUUGGCGGCCGUUCCCCAUACUACCCUCCCCCACCUCCUUACUUUCACGCGGCAUAUCACUGUCAGGUUUCAUCAAGCCCAUAAAUGUGACGGCUACCCCUCCAUCUCCCUCCCAAAUUUGGUCACCAUGCGCCUCGAGGUUUCUAUCGACCAUGUCCUCUGCCUGCCUACGCCCGACAAGAGUCUCGUCACCUGCCCUACCAUCGCUAAUCUCCGUCCAUCACAUAUCAUACUCGACGCAAGCUACGACACCAGCCUGGCGGCCACCCUGAACGGAUUUUGGGCGGAGGAGUACAACUUCCCACCCCCCUGGGUCAAACGGCUGACGUUCUACAUCGGCGAAUACUACGAGUCGCCCGACAAAUCCGUCCUACAUGGUCUAUCCGCGUCGCUAGAGCACCUCACCUUGGUCCUCGAGCCCUUAGAUGAUCUUUGGAAGCAAUCGAAAACUUCCACUGUGGAUCCCCAGGAGGGCGAGCCCAGGGUGUUCCUCAUAGACCUCGCCAGGGUUUGCGACUCGGAUGCGCAGGCGGUGGAUAUAGUAGGGAUGGAGAUGAUCGACGAUGAGUGGUUGAGGUCGGAGGGCUGGGUCGGGACGAAGGAGGAGCUGGUCAGCAGGGCAAAGGAGGAGGUCAUAUCGAAUAUCGGCGUGUGGCCGUCUGCGGAGAGGGAGAGGGAGGGGGUCGUACGGCGGAAGAAGGCGAGGGGGUGGAGACGGAACGAGCUAGAUCUCAGCUCGGGACUGGCUGUGCAGGACGAGGGCGGGGGAAUGACUGAGCUGCGCACGGAUUGGCGACCGGAGCUAGAAGCUGACCAAAUUUCGGUGGUCUAUCUUAGCACUGGUCAUAUCACCACUACCAUGUCCACCGUCGCCGCAGGUACUGGUGAAAUCUCGCCAGAGCAGUCGCCGAAUGGCUCAGCGGACCAUCUCCAGCGGGUGGGGCUGCCCGUCGAGCUGUACGAGCGGAUCGUCCGAUUUGUCCCGGACGAGCACAUCGUACCCCUGCUCUCCACGUCGCGCGCCUUCUUCCACCUCGUCGGUCCUCGGAUCUACCACUCGCUCGAGCUUCACAUGAACGGCGGCGGUGGUCUACUUGGCUACAUCGACUGGCAAGCCCAGGAGCAUAAGGACGCCUGGGCAAAGAUGCACGUAUCUGGGCCCUCGGACCCUCCUCCCCCUCCCUUCGACUUUACCGCGGUCCCCCACACCACCCUCCCCUAUCUCCUUAACCUUACGCGGCACGUCAUCGUGGAAACACACGAUCCCUUUGACUGUGACGGCCAUCCCUCCAUCUCGCUCCCCAACCUCGUAUCCAUGCGCAUCAUGGACGCAUACUGCCAUGACCUCUGCGUAUCUCAGGGUGAGCUCGGACACUUCGUAUCCUGUCCCGCCAUCGCCCGUUUUCGUCCAUCACACAUGAUCCUCGGUAGCGCGGCGACAGGCCUGAUGGCCGAUUUCAACGGAUUCUGGGCGGAGGUUCUGGGCGGAGGAGUACAAGUUCCCGCCGCCCUGGGUCAAACGAGGCUCACGCUCAUAUUUGAACCCGGAUGGCGCUCCUGGAGCCGGAAAUGUCGUGCGGUAUUCCGUAGCCACUCAUGGGAGGACGUGUGGGAGGACCAUCCGCCGGCGUCGUUCUUUCAGGACCUCGCAGCUAUUUGCGACUCGGACGCGCAGCGGGUGGAGAUCGUUGGGAUGGAGACUAUAAGCGAGAAGUGGUUGAAGAAGGGCGGGUGGGAGGGGACGAGGGCUGAGCUGGAGGAGAUUGCGAAAGAGCAUCUCAUAUCCCGGAUAGGCUCAUCGUCUGAUGAUCGGGAGGGGAUAGUACGGCGGAAGAGGGCGAGGGUCACUUUCAUGACUAGAAAGGAGUGGGAUGCGAGCGAGGGCAUGGAAGAAGGGCAAUGGCGGAGGAGGGAGGUGCAGGGCAAGGGGUGGGGCAGGGCGGUGACCGAUAGAGCGGGGGUCUGCGGACAGGGGCAUGAAUGGCGGAUGUUGGUACCGGAACGGAAUGAGCUGAGGUUCACUCGAUGCAGAGGGCGGACGAAAUUGGACUUUACCUUGGCUUUCGACAUAUCACUCGCUAUCAUGUCCAAUACCGUUACAUCCUCGGUCACCGCCACUACCUCCUCGGCGGACGGAUCGCAGCGCGAGGGACUGCCCCUUGAGCUGUACGAGCGGAUCGUCGGAUUCGUCCCGGAUCAACACAUCGUACCCCUCCUCAGCACAUCCCGUACCUUCUUUCACCUCGCCGCUCCUCGCCUCUACUCCUCACUGGACCUGGGAGUGACCUACGAUGGACGCGGCGUACUCGGGUAUCUAUGGGGCGCGGCCAACGAGCAGUACGAGGCUGCUUCUGAUAUCACUCUCGGUGCCGGUCCCGCGGUUCCUCCUUCCCCCUUCGAUCUCGCGGCUGUGCCCCACACUACUCUCCCUUACCUCUUCACCCACACCCGUCACGUCGACGUCAGAACCCACGAGCCACACGACUGUGCCGGCUACCCGUCCAUCUCCCUUCCCAACUUCGUUUCGGUCCGCCUGACGUCGGCAUUCUGCCAGGACAUUUGCCUCUCCCAGCUCGGUCGGUCCACCUGCCCCAUCAUAGCCAACCUGCGGCCUUCGCACCUCAUCCUCGGCGGCGAGGACACCGGCUUGGCGGUCAGAACGCACGGAUGGUGGGAGGCCGAACACCCCUUUCCCCCGCCCUGGGUCAAACGGAUCACCUUUCACAUCGGAGACGAGUACGACCCAUAUCGAUAUUCAUCCCUCAAUUAUCUGGCAUCCCCACCGGUAUAUGGGACUCCACUCAUAUAUUCCCUCCUCCAUGGAUACGCCACAUUACGCUCUACGCCGGGGCACAUGUGGCGGGCCGUAGAAGGGACGCUUCCCGAUUAUUCCGGGGUCCUGGAUCUGAAGAAAGCUGUAGUAAUGGCUGGGGAGUUGGACGCGCAGGCGGUGGAGGUCGUCGGGCUGGAAUGUACGGAUCCAAAGGCGCUGCCCGGGUGGUCAAAAGGGGACUUGGCGGAUUCUCCGGUACUGAUUCACUGCCAGGAUCUAGACUCGUACUAUCAGGCGCAUGCUGCGAAUACUCGGCUGGAGAUCCCAAGGAGAGAUCGGCCGGCUGGCAGAUCGUCAAUCAGGGACGACGGGAGCGAGUUUGGCUCUUGGGAUGGUACACAACUGCUGAGUACCUCCGAUCCGCAUCCGAGGCGGACUAAUUUGACUGACAUGACUGUACUGCUCACAGAUGAGGAUGCGUUGCUAUCUCCAGGCAAUAGACCUCAUCAUCUACUUAGGCCAGUCGGAUAUCUGCAGCCGCCCUCGCUGUCAUCGCCCAUUCACUCGAAGCCAUCUGAUCAGGCGUUAUCAACCGCCGUGUCACCCUCGCAUCUCAAGGCCGGCACCCACUCAGCGGCUGCACCAUUACGUCCCGCGGUCCAAACCGAGAUCUACCCCAUCAUCAUCGCCUACCUCCCCGAUACCACACUCGCCACAUGCGUCCUCGAUCCGCACCUUGUCCACCUUGUCGCCUCUUAUCUCUGUCCACCGCAAUCUUCUCCGAUCCGGACGAGCCUCGCUCUCGCCGGUCACCCUCGGCGGGUCUCAUCAGACCCACCGCCCGCAAAUCGCCUAUACCGGUGCCUUCCUCGCGUCCUCCUUCUGUCGGUCACAUCGACACUCGCUAUCUCCUCAUUACUGGACACGUCACCGAUACAAACUCGGGCCGAGAUGGCGGAUAUGGUAGAGCUGGAAGGCGACAAUGGGGACAAAAUGGAGCGUGGGAAUUGGGGCGAUUGGCGUUGGAGAGGGCCGGGGGCCGAGGAGUACACAUACACUGGUCUACUCGCAUUCUGCAUCAGGGCAGGACCGAGCAGGGGGUCGUUCGGGAGGAUUGGGAUCGCGUCGUCUUCUGCGAGAGUCAGGAGAUGGAUUAGCGAGAUAGCGGAGGGACGGAGGCAGCGAGGCGCCGGAGGGGGAGGCUUUGACCAGGAAUAG